CGCCUCUUAGAGGCACUGGAGUUGCAUCUCGGGGUUUCGCUUUCUCUCUCCCCCCACCCCAAAGAAAAGCAAUAGGAAGUUGAUCGAAAAGUCCCUUGAGCGGGGUUCCCCACGCAGGCAUAUUUUUGCUCCCCAGUUGUCUGAAUUCCACCAAUCCACGAUCGACCGCAAUUUAAAAGCAGCAGAAUUUGGAAAGAGCUUCCGUGGAGGCCUGGAGGAAGGGACGCGCCGCGGGUAAGGAUUCUGGUACUGUACAUUAGCCAGGGACAACAUGGAAAUUCUUGAUCCUCCACCCCCCUAUGAUGACAAGAGGUCUGGAGCUGAAGGUGAUAGAAUUUGCGAGAUGGAAGAAGGGGACCUCCGAAUUGCAUAUUGGGAGGAAAAAAAUGUUAGGCAAGCGUUCAUUCGCAAGGUUUACAGCAUCAUCACCCUUCAGUUACUACUGACUGUGGCAAUAGUUGCUAUCUUCACCUUUGUGACUCCUGUGAACACUUAUGUGAUCAAUCACAUUCCAAUCUAUUAUACAUCUUAUGCUGUAUUUUUGAUUUGUUACCUGGUGCUGGUGUUUUGUCAAAAGAUCCAGAGACGAUAUCCAUGGAACAUAAUCCUUAUGACAAUUUUUACAUUGUCUUUGGGAUAUAUGACAGGCACCAUUGCUAGCAUGCAUGACACCAAAGCUGUAAUCCUUGCCAUGAUCAUCACUACGGUUAUAACAAUCACUGUCACUGCUUUCUCUUUCCAAACAAAGGUGGAUCUCACAACCUGGACUGGUUUUUUCUGUAUACUGUCAAUUGUCCUCUUUGUGACUUCUAUCACCGCUAUUAUUGUCCUGACAUACAAAUAUAUCUAUUGGGUCGAUAUGCUUUAUUCAGCCAUUUGUGCCAUCAUCUUUACCCUGUUCCUUGCAUAUGAUACCCAGUUGCUCUUGGGGAAUAAGAGGUUUUUCCUCAGUCCUGAAGAUUACAUUUAUGGAGCAAUUCAAAUCUACGUAGAUGUCAUCUACAUAUUCCUUUCUAUUUUAAGACUUGGGAGCAGACGUUAGGGAUUUUUUUAAAAUGGCAACUUAAGGGACAUGUUUUCAGAAUAUUAGUAUCUUUGCCUUCCCCCAUAUGAAUCUUUUUUGAAUAAUAUUAUCAUAUACACAUACUUAUACAUUUCCAUAUUGCUCUUAUUUUACUAUGCUGUGUGAAAGCUUUGUAUAUUGUAUGGAAAUAUAUUAAAUAUUAAGUUUAUUCAACCCAAAAUUCAAUAAACUUAAGUCUCGUGACAUAAUUAGUACACUGUCAAAGUGAACGUAUGUCCUAUGACAGGGAUGGCGAAAUCUUUUUUUGCUCGUGUGCCAUAAGUGGGGGAAGCGCAGGGGGGGUCGUGUGCAAGCUUGCCAUAACCAUAAUGCAAUGCACGACUCCCCAGUGCGCAUGCCCGCACUACAGGUGCGACCCCCCCCCCACUUUUGCAUGCUUUUUUCACCCUCCCCAGGCUCCAGAGGCUUUAUAGGAUC